AUGGCAAGUCUCACCCACGAGCCCCAUGGUUGGGGCCGAAGACGACGGCGACCACGCGGCAUCAGACGAACACGACGUGGUGUUCGGCCAUGCCAGGAGAAGAUUCAGGCCGCGGCCCGGGAGCUCGAGCCCAGGAAGUCUGCGGAUGAAAGCCAAGCCAUGGUCUGGGAGUUGUUGGUGUACGACCUUGAAAGGUCAGGGACCUCUUCGCAAGGCGGAGAGCUGAAGGAUUGGAUGAAGCUCAUGGAGGGUCCACCGGUCGCCAACGACAUCCGAGUGGGAAGCCUCGAGGACUUUGGCUUGGAUUUAGCUCGGAUACUGGAGCACUGUGAACAGGUCUCUGUCAGCUUAUGA